UCUAUUGCUUGUGUAAUAGAGUAUGUCUUGAUUCUACAAAAACUCUGGAAGUACUUUAUUUAAAAAAAGGAUAAGGACGAUUUUCCACAACAGAGACAUGCAUGUUUAUCGCUGAUCUGCCGUAUGUGAAAGAGAGAGGAGCGACGCAGGCUUUAUAAUUGACCUCUCACAAUUCAACUAUUGAGGAUGUUGCCCCAUAUGCUUGAAAUGCUGCCCAGCUCAAUGUGCUGGGUCAGAUAGAACUGACACUACAUGGAUAACACUUGGAGCGAUGGUGACGGAUGCAGCCGCCAUAAUAUGGCUCACUGGGAAAGUGCUCCACCUGCUGGUGAAAGACAGUACCUCACCCACUGGGAAAGGGAACGCCAGUGGCUGAACCAUGAGGAAGAAGCUGCCAUGCGGGCCCACUACAACUCCCAUAGACAAAUCUCUCAAAUGGACUUCCGUGGACAUGGGGCACAAGAGAUCCAGCCGCCUCCUCUGUAUCAUCAGGGCCAUCACAGAAUGGCUCAGAGUCAGAACAUAAGGGAUUGGCCCAAUCUCUCUGGACCCUUAAGAGGCCAGUCACCCCCUAAUGUAACCUUACUCCGCAGUGGAGAAAGAACAGAAGCAUGGACUAAGUAUGAACCCCACUUCCCCAGCUAUGAGUUUUUACCCCCAAUCUUUGUCGAAAGAGGGCAUGAGGACAUUUCUCUUCACCAUAACGCUGACCGUGAUUAUAUGGUUGGUCGGACAGUGAAACAUAACAAUCUCCAUUACUUGGAAAGCAAAUGGCAGAUGUUCAAUCCCACCCAUUCCAAUGAACAUUCAAGGGGACAUUCUAAUGAAUACUCAAGAGGAUGUUCUAGGGGUGGCUCUAGUAUACGGUCAAGGGGUGGCUCUAGUGAACGUUCUAGGGGUGGUUCUAGUAGACGUUCUAGGGGUGGGUCUAGUGGAUGUUCGAGGGGUGGGUCUAGUGGACAUUCUAGGGCCCAUUCCAGCAGGUCUCCCAGGCUGGACUUCCAGGCUAAGCAUGUCAACCCUUCUCAAACUACGACCAACAGUUCUCCAGACAUUCAGAACGCCAACAUCACUCCAACUGUUCCUGUGGUCAACAAUGAACACAGUGAAACAACAUCAGGACGAACAGCAGGUCCUGUGAGAGAUUCUACAUCACUUGUGCAGGCCUUCACUGCGACUGCACAGCAGUGUGUUUCUAUGGAUCUCCCUUCCACGGGAGGUAGAGAAUCUGGUGUCAUUUACCUAAAAGCAGCCCAGGUAACAAAUGCAAACACCCAUGGUAUACUAGGACAUAGUCUUCCUUCCCAAGCCAUAACACAACAAACCGAUAAUCUUCCUGGCAAUGCUGCUCUGGUUUCUCACACCCAGACCUCUGCCACCCCUGAACAGCAACAUGCUCUCUUUCCUUCUCCCAAACCUCUCACUGAGACACCUCAGGACAAACCACCUCAUAAACAUAAGAUCUCACUCAAUGAAAUACAGGACUGGCUCCAGAGUGUUUUAAGAUCUAAAAAUGGACCCGUAAAUGGGAACAACUCUACACAAGACCUCUCUCAGUCCCAACAAUCCAGCACAGAGAAGAUGGAUGUUUUACAAGCAGGCAAUACGUACCGACAUCUAAACACCAAAAACGACCAGGCGAGGCCCACUGAGAGAUUUAAUGCUGAGGACUCCACUGUACGGCUAGAGAUUACGUCCACCCCCAGGUGUAUGACCCUGACGGCAGUCGCCACCGCUCCGCCCCCCGUGGCUAUCGUCCCUCCAAUGGGUCCACAGCAGUCCCCAGAGCCCAUGGAGACAGAGAAUGCAGGCAAUGAGGUGCCAUUUAAGGUUUUACAUGCCUGGUCCAUCAACGAACAACAGGCAGAAAGCCUUUGGGAAAGAGCUAAAGAUGAUGCAAGUUCUCGAACUGUCCUAAAUGAGACGGUUCAAGUUGAGAGUGUUAUGGAGUAUUAUAAGCCUGUAGAUGCAUCUGCAACAUGUUCACUGGCAUCUACUGGAGAGGACAUUGAUGAGGUACUUCAGGUCAAUCCACAGAUGGACAAGAGUUCACCUUCACCAUUUGUCCACACCAACCCUCAGGCAACUGAUAUUGUACGCAUUUGUGGUACCCAGACAAUUGUGGACGUUAGCGCUAAUGGCGCAGAUGAGAGAACUCUUGAUUUGUCCACAAUUGAUGAAGUUCAGUUUAAGUUAAGUACGCUGCAACAACUGGUUAGUUAUCUGGAGAGUGCAGCAACAAUCACAGAGGCAAAGGAUGGUUGUCUAGAGGCCAUAUUGGAGAUGUAUUGGGGCGGGGAUACCUCUAACCUGUUAAAAGCUUUAAAAGACAAAAGGGAUGAGAAAAUCAUGCAGGAUGUGUCUGCCUGGGCUGCAGAGGAUGAGAAGGCAGUGGUUGUCUUUGCAGUCAGUGGUAUAUCACUGGGAGAAGUCGUCGAGAACUUUCCCAUUCCAGCACAUAUUGACAGCUCUUCCCAGGUGGGUUACAGGUCAUCAUGGUUAAAUGUCAACGAGAAGCUGUAUGACAUUGACAAAGAAUCUGGAAGAGCUUGGUCUCUGUGGUUUAUACCAGAUAAAGCAGAGGAGAGUUCCAAAGUGGUUGGGGGAGUAAAAAUGGAUGACACCUUCCACAGCAAGAUGGAGACUGUGGACUUGCCUGCACAACAACCUGUUGAAGCAGAAGUAACAGACUCUGACCUCGCAACAAACACAGUCCUCAUGAUGGACGCAGACCCCCUAACAGACGCAGACUCAGAGACAGAACCCCUUUCCCCAAUGAUUUUGACCGUCCUCACAUCAGAGGAUGCUGUGAGACUGCUUGCUGAAUCAGAGGCACCAGAUGCAGACCUCACAACAGACUCAAACUGCCCAACAGAUGCAGACCUCAAAACCGUCACAGACCUCACAACAGACUCGGACACAGACUCCCUUUCCCCAAUGAAUUUGACCAUCCUGACAUCUGAGGAUAACAUGAGACUGUUUUGCCAGAUCGAAAAUGGCUCUGACCUCCAACUCGGGUCCCCUGAACCAUGCUCUGAAAACCAAGAUAAGACACAGACAAAGCAACUAGAGAAUAUAGUAAGUGGCAGCUUAGAUAAGUCCUGCUACUGUCCUUGUAUUAUUGAAACUGACAAUGGGUUUGAAAGUGGCCUAUGCUCCAGUUGUCAGAGAGAGAAAGGAUUGCAGCAAGGUACAAGAUGUAUAACAAUCGCUCACUGCUUUACCGUGUCAGAUACAAGCGAAAAUUCAGAUCAGGAGACAGAAGCAACAGACUCGGACCUCACAACAAACACAGCCCUCAUGAUGGACGCAGACCCCCCAACAGACACAGACCUCCCAACAGAUGCAUUCUCAGAGAGAGAACCCCUUUCCCCAAUGAUUUUGACCGUCCUCACAUCAGAGGAUGCUGUGAGACUGCUUGCUGAAACAGACUCUGGGGGGAAGGCGACUGUGGACAAUCAAUGCAGGGACAAGAAGCAGAUACAAUCAACUGAAGAAGAGGGUGAUGACAAUCAAUCCAGUGACAAUAAAACAGAGGGAGAAAUGCAGAAAUGUACAAGCGUCGUACCGAUCACUGACUUUUUUUUCUGGUCAGAUACAAGUGAGGAUUCAGAUCAGGAGACAGAGGAGAACCCUAAUGAACUACAUGCUCAGAUUGAGGCUCAUGCUUCUAAUGUUAAAAGGACAGAGCCUGAAACUGAUGCCAAAGCACCAUGUGAGUCAGCCCAAGAACAUAAUACCCAAAGCAAAGUCAGUCUUGGUUCUGAGGAUAGGGAAAGACGGCAAGAGAAGGACCAAGACUGUAGGAUGAGUACAUCACCACUUCCCAAGGUUGAAACCCCCUCUAAGUUAAGAUCUAACAUCAUAGCAGACAACUGGUGUUCACCUAUAGAGGACUGUGGUUCACCUGUAUAUAAGUAUGACAAAGUUGCUGACUUUGUCACCCAAUACAAAACCUGCAAGUCAAAUAAAAAAAUAUAUAUAUAUAUGGAAAAGGAGAAAACCCUCCAUCCAAAGUCAUCUGAUAGACAAAAGCCCAAGAAAAGCCAUGGGAAAGCAGAGAGGGGACAGUCACUAUCCCAACCCCCUAAGAGCUCUGGGGUGAAGGCAACUGUGAAUAAUCAACGCAGGGACAAGAAGCCACAUGCGUCACGCAAGAGGAGACAUUUGACAAAGAGUGAUGAAAAUCAAUGCACAGACAAGAAGAGGGGAUCAUCAACUGAGAAAGAGAGCGAGAACAAUCAAAGUAGGGACAAGAAGAGGAGACCUUCAAUUGAAAAUGUGGGUGAGGGCAGUCAAUCUAGGGACAAUAUGUCACAGAUGAGGAGAACUUCAACUGAAACUGAAGGCAGGAACUCAGGUGACUCCAAAGAGUUGCAGUGCCAGUUGGUGGAAAGAGAGCAGGACAGCGGCAGUGGAAACGCACCGCUGUGCCCUGGGGUGAAAACCCUCCAUGUGCAGCAAUCAUCAACUACCACCGUUCCUCUCAAACUCUCCAUAAAUGUCCCCAAAAAGCCUUCCACAAAUGGCUCACCAUCCAAACAUACUGAGGAAGUCCCCAAAAUGACAAAGGAACAUCCAAAGAAUAAAGCCCCGAACAAAACUAGCAGGCACCGCUCCCCUGCAAAGUCAGUGUCUCCUGUUGUCAAAGAGAGGCAGAGGAAUGGCGUCAAACACAAGCAAAAAAUGCAACGCCUGGAAGUCAGAUUGGAAAAGCUGUCCUUUUCCAAACAUCUUGUCAGGAAAGGUUCUCCACCAAGCCGGAAGAGGGUGGAGGAUAGAGGAGACCCUGGGGGUUUAGGGGUAAAGGUUUCUAAGAAUGCUGACUCGUCCAUGAAACUAAAACGUAAGGCAGAGAGCGACUUGACAUCCCAACAGACGUUGACAAAGAUUCCGAAGGAGUUGAAUAGGAAUGAGAAAGGAUGGUUUUCAAAAAACGAGUGUGAGAACGACUCGCCGCCCCCCAAGCCAAAGCUGCCAAGGAUUCCCAAGCUUCCGAGGACUCCAGAGGUUUCAAAGGAUGGGAAUGAGGGAGAGAACAGAGAAGAGACAUCUCCCAGUGCUUCACCUGAAUCACAAACGCUGAACAAACCUGCAAGAGUGGCACACAAGCCGAAACCUUUUAUCAAGCCUGCCAGUUCCAAUGGUAAUAGCCCAGGUAGUCAUGCUUGCCCUAAUCCGGCUAGGGUAUCGCCGCCAUAUGGCAAUGGACAUUUUGGGGAAAAAGUCUCUGCGAGGCAGCAGGUGUUCUCUGAUUGGGAGAGCAGCUUUGUCCCGACUCCAACCCCCCGGACUCGCAGACGAUCAGGGUGUCCUCCAGAGGAAGUGGAACGUCCACAGGCCAGUCCCAGGUCCAGCUUGGAGACCAGGAUCAUCCGACCCAUUCUAAAACGUGUCGAUGCUCCGCCAAAACCCAAGCAGAACAUCAGCUUCGCUUUGAAUCCAAGGGCGGUGCACUACUUCAUGCCCCGUGAAUCUGAAAAUUACGUCAUGUUCAACAGGUCUUACAUGGAUCCUGAAGAUGCACAGCGUUCUGACGAGGAUGAGGAAGAUGCUCCUGUGAACUGCCAGAACACGAAGGAACAGCCCCCUGUUAGGGAAGAGAAGCGGCAAGAUAUAGGGGAGCUGAAGCCUGGACCAAGCGGUGCAUGUGAAAAGAGCUUCAAAAGGAAGCGUGAAAUGCAGGAGCCCACUGCCAUUUUGAUGAAGAAGAGCAUUGUUCAGGCAAACCAUUGGAUGAAGUCUCUCCAUCGUGAACCUCCAAAAGACUCCAGACACUCGGGUAAGGACACCGAUCACAAGCCACUGGCAAACAAAUAUGCAAAAAAAAAUGGAGUUGGUUACAAGUGGUCAGAGAAACAGACGAAGAGGCCAAAUGAAAUUGAAGGUUCCUCUCCGAAUGCAAGGCCCACUCACAGUAACCAUCCAGCUUCCUCUCAGAAUGUAAGCCCCCCUCGGGGUCACCAUUCAUCCUCCAGCCAAUUGAGAAGAGUUGAGCCAACAGCCAGGCACCAUAGCUCUCCCAUGAACGAAUGGAACGAGCGGUGGUCAGGAGACAGAACUGAUUCGUAAGCCAAUCAGUCGGCCCUGACAGGAUACACCAGACAAAACAGUAGUUGAUGGCAACUAGCAAAGACAAUACUUUUACCUCAAACCUGACAUUGUGCAUAUGCUGUUAUUUUUUCAAACUUGAAACACUACAGACUGUGCCUAUAAAGCCAUAUUUUGGCUACAUUAUGAAGUUUACUUUUCUACAUGUUUUUAAAUAAAUAAAUGUCUGAUUUCUCUCUCUAUAACAGGUUCUUUAGCUGUGCUUGAAACAGUCAGAAGUGUGUUUUAUAUACUAUGUAUAUGUGUUAUUGUAACUCUUGACAUCUAAGGGUGAUUGGUGUUUGGUUACCCGUAUUCCUAUAGUAUUGUUUGCCUACAUUGUUAGGGCAUCAUAGUGUUUGAAUCAUAGUGAUGUAUUGGAAAUUGGAUUUUGUUUGUUUACGGUAUUUUUUUAUAGACUAUUUCUAUUGCAGCCAGAACCAAAGCUAAAGGGGAGAAACCAGACUGAACUUAUUGUUUAAUGAGAUUCUGCUGUACAAUACACACAAAAAAUUUUCAAUUGUGUUUUUUAACACUGGUGGUAAAGUAGGUAAAUGUAUCAUGGAUAUCCGACAUCAAAUGAUGUUUGAAAGCCAUUAUGUCACUUUGUUUGAUGUGGUUCCUUGCAAUGGGUUUAUAGUUAUCUGUGGCUAUAGAUGUUUUUUGUAGUUAUAUUCAACUGAUACUGCUAAUGUUUCGGGUAUUGAGGAAUGUAUGUACAGUUGAAGUCGGAAGUUUACAUACACUUAGGU